GAGAGAACUAUGGCUUAUGGAAAACCGCAUGAGAAGCUGGGCACAAAAUAUUGCAAGAAGUUCUUAGAGGCAAGGGCUUUUAAAUUUUCCAGCUAUUUGCUAGUGAUAAUUUUAACAGAGGAAAGAACCCAGAUAGAAAGGUGGUUAUUUCCUGUACUAAUAUGAAGAUUUUACUGAAGGAUGUUAAUAUAUAAGAAUCCAAGAAAGUGAACAUAUGCACCGAAAGUGAUUCUAUAAUAGUAGUAAAAAUACAAAAACAUUACAAAUUUUGGUUAGAUUUUCCUCAAACAGCAAUUUAACUUGAGACAAGGUAAUAUAUGGCGUAGAAAGUAUGAGAUAGAUGACCAAACAGGGAAAAGAAUUAAUGUUGUUACCAGAGAUACUGUAUGUAAGAUCCUCACUAUUAGAAAAAGGACAAGAGAAGAAUAGUAGAGAAGAAUAGUGCUCAUUCAUUUACAGGAAUAAUAGUAUCACAGAUGCUUCCCAUUUACUCUGAAACAUUCUUAGUUUUUAAGAAUUCUAACUGCUCAAGUUAGGUGGCAAGUUGAUUUAUUAAUUUGUGCCUGCGACUGGGCCAUGAAAGCGUAUUUUGGGUAUUAAUUAACUGGACCCUUUCACAGGGCCCAAUUUCUAUAGUUGAGUUUUUUUUUUAAAAAAAAACAAUAAAGCAAGUACUUCGCUUCAGAGUUACUUUCUUUUUUUUUUUUGAUAUUCCUUCAGAGUUACUUUCAGAUGCAUAACAAGAGGUGAAGAGGAAUUGUUGGCUAAGGAAUAUCUCUUUGAAGAGGCAUUCGAAGGUAUAAUACUGUUGAAACAAGAUGGUAUCAAAUCUUGGUUUGGGUACUGUUGAAGUUGAAAUAGAGCAGUACCAAAUCUGAACGCAUUAAUACAGCUGAAACAUCGGUAUCAAAUUCCCACACUAAUAAGUCUGGUCGAUGCGAGUUUGGUGACCUCAUGCAGUAGCCUCUCCCUCUCUCCUCUUUUUUAAGGAAAUAUGGUAGGACACCUCCCAGGCUCCUAGAAGUUGUGGACACAGGACUUUUAAGAUGGGUAUUUGAGACGUGCAUAACGGUCCCCCAAAAAAUAGUGCCAUCAAUAAAAAGUUGCAACUUUUCUAAUUCAAAAAAGAAUAAAGUGAAGAAAAAUACAGUAUCAAAUUCUUUUUUUUCUCGAAAAAAGAACUUGACUCAUUAGCUAACAUGUUAUUGAAAUGUGUUGGAUGUAUUUUCAGAAAAUAUUGAAAUUAAAAAAAAAGGAAAAAUAUGCAGAAGAAUAUAAUAGAAAAUUACUGGGCUAGUUAGAUUAACAUGUUUUUGAAAUGCACAUAAGAAAAAUAGGAGUUCAAUAGUAUAGUGAAGCAUUCAGAGAAAAGGAGGUUACAGGCUGGGAAAGUGGGAAUCCAACCCAUGACCACUACCUAAACACUCAUGCAUGCAAAUUUAAGGGCCUACCACAUAACAUAAUACUAAUGCAUAUUUCCUACUGGUCAAAGGCUUGUGGAGUGCUUCUGUUGAUCUGUAAUUAGGAUACUCAAUUGCAGUAACUAGGAUCUACAUGUCCAACAAACAUAUCAAGACAAGAGCAGGCCAAACAGUAGUAAAAAAUACUAACUGUCCACAAAAGACAUUGUAAGUUGCUUCUAAAGAACAGGGGUGUAAAGUGUACAAAACAUUAAACUCCAAUCCAAGAUGCCUUGUUCCAGUGGCUAUUCUUCUAAAUGGACGUCAUCUCAUUAUUGUUUUACUCAUUUGGCUGAUAUGAAGCUGUCAAAGUUGAGGAAGUUUCUUGCUUAUAUUACAUAUAUUUCCACAUUGCAUAGAGUUGCCACAUUUGUCUACUGCUCCUCAACAACCGCUAACAUAAUCACAGAAUGGUUGUGAUAUUCUGAAACCGCUAUUGGACCUAGGGCGACUCAACAACCCAUUAGUAAGUGUCCACAAUAUUGAAGGUCUUAAUGUAUUUCCUGAGCCACUAAACUAAUCAGCUAGAAUAUCAUCAGAAGGGAACAAAAUGGAUUGAAACCAUGCAAUGAUGCAAAGCAACCAAAAAAUGUAUACUAACAUGAGAAGUUCUAUUGAUGUCGGAUUCUAAUCCCAACCCGAACCAACCAUAUAUGAUCCAAUAGUAUUUUGUGCUUUGGCUUCUGUCUUUCCUUCCUCUUGGCCGGCAAUGGCUUGCCAUCAUUGCUAAUAACGACUGAGUGGAGAGUGACCAUGAUAUUCAUUUGAUAAAGGUAGAACAAUCACUUUGAAAGAAAAACAAUCCUGUCUUUCCAUACAUCAUUCCAUAAGGGAUAAGCUAAAUGCAUAGAGGAUAUGAAAUACUGCUCGGAUGCCUCAUCACGGUGGUGAUUGUUGGGGUAGUUUCAAUUUCGUGCCAUCUUAGAAGAAGAGCACACAACCUGAAACGAUCCAAGAAAGAUAUUGAGGUCACUGCUGUAUCUGUUGAGUAUGAGGAGGUUACCUGCAAACAGAUGUGUACCAAAGAGAUUUACGACGCAACUGAAAACCUGAGUCCACUGAAUGUCAUUGGUCAGGGAAUUGCAGGGAAAGUGUACAAAGGAGUGCUUGCAAAUGGCUGGCCUGUUGCUGUAAAGCACAUCGUUAAGAACGAGCAUGCAGAAACUUUCCUAAGGGAAGUUACAAGCCUCUCACAUGUGAGACAUCCAAACCUUGUGUCACUAAGAGGUUAUUGCGAUGGGCAGGAGGAAUGUUUUCUUGUAUAUGAGUUAUGUAUCAACGGUAACCUGUCAGAAUGGCUAUUUGGGAAGGAUAAGAACCUGUCAUGGAUUCAGAGGCUGCAGAUUGCACUUGGCAGCGCCUGUGGCCUUUGGUUCCUUCACAUAUAUCCUGAAGGCUGCAUUGUUCACCGUGAUGUCAAGCCAACCAAUAUACUUCUUGGGGUUGAUAUGGAACCCAAAUUGUCGGAUUUUGGACUGUCAAGAGUCAUUGACAUAGGAGUAUCACACGUAAGCUCCGAAGUUAGAGGAACAUUUGGAUACGUCGAUCCAGAGUAUCGCCACAAUCACAAGGUAAAUGCUGCAGGGGAUGUCUACAGCUUUGGUAUGGUGCUCCUACAACUCCUGUCAGGAAAACGAGCAAUCAAUAUCAUGAACACUGCUAAACCAAUGUCAUUGGAUCGAAUGGCUUCCAUGCUCAUCAGAGAAGGCAACGUGUUGGAGUUUGCUGAUCCUAGGCUGAACGGAGAGUACUCGACAGAGGCAUUUGAUCUCAGUUUGAAGCUUGCCCUUUCAUGCACUGGACACAAGAAGCAGCGUCCGUCCAUGGAGCAAGUUGUGUCACAUCUUGAGAAGGCCCUAAAGAUCUCCAUGAGAGAUGACGAUAAGCAUAACAGCAUUAGCAUCAUCGAGUCCCAUUCAUAGUACCCUGUGCAAUCCUUCAGGAGUUCAGGCUGCAACUUAGUGUUUCCACUAACAUGUUUAAACAUUUGCGUGCAUUUAUGUGAGCAUAAUUCAGCUGUGUUUGAGAUACACACCAGGAAAUAUACUAAUUAACUGA